AUGGUGGAUUUGGCGGUUGCGGUUGUGGCUGCGGUUCCGGUUGCGGGUGUGGCGGCGGUUGCGGUUCUGGUUGUGGAUGUGGUUGUGGAUCUGCGUGUAAUCAAGGCUGUGGAUGUGGUGGCAGCAACUGCGCUGGCGGUUGCGGUCUUUGCAGCAAUUACGGAUAUUGUAAUGCUCGCUUACAUAGAACGUUUGUCUCGCGGAGCCCAGUGCACACGAGUUUGCAAAGACGCUCAAAUUUAUUCGCUUUUAUUCGGUCGGAAUGUGAACCGAUUCCAAGGAGGACGAGCUAUUUCAAAUAUGGCCCGGAUUUCCAAGACUCUAGACUAUCAGAUGCGCAUUGCAGCUUACGUGCGACUUCUGGGUGUUUUGAUGAGCAAAGUGACGAACUACUUGUGCUCUGCGUCCAAAAUAAUGACAAACGAUCAAGUGCUUCGCUCGGCUGACGAUAUCGCACUGAUGUUCUUACAACGUCGCUGCAGCGAGGUCGCUUAUCGUGCGUCAGUCACUGCCUUCAAGAAGGAUUUAGACAAUUCAAGCACGAUAGCACUGAAAACAUCCUUGGCAAUGGUGGAGCACAACGUUAUUGUUCUUGUAUACGAAGCCAAGCUGAACACCACUGACAACUAUGGUGGUUAUCGACGUAUGGAUAUCGUUUUCAAAGACAAAGACGAACUAUUAGGAAGUAUCGUGGAUGCAUUCGAAAGACAAACGGAAAUUAUGACUGACGCGGUGCUGAAUAACCUUCUGAAUCUGGUCCGGUUAACCGAGGAAUUUGCGGUUCGAGACUUGGAGCUGGCUCGCUUUGACAGUCCAGAAGAUGUUGAAGCCGAUACAGGAGUGAAAAUGCUACAAGAAUCCCUAUCAAAGAUCAAGGACGAAAUGUUUGAAGUUAUUCAAGUACUCAUGAACAAUUUCAUUGAUCCAUCAAAAGCGGAGAAGGAGUUGCUGAUCGUGCUCACAUCAAUGCCGCAUCAACUGAAAUCAGAUGAUACAGCUGCUAUUGAGGGUGUCAACCAAGCCUUCCAAAGAAUGUUGUACAACCCCGGUGUUUACAAAGAAUAAUGUCAUGCAGCACUGAGUAAUCUACUGGCGGCCAUGUUGGCUGUGGCAAACAUUCCGUGA